GUCUUCAACACACUCACCAUCUCAAAGUGAUUCAUUCCAAGACUUCCAGACCAUGCAAAACUCUCUGUUUUCCUCCCACUUACUCAUCAUGAAAACAACCAAAUUGCUGCUCCUCUUCUCACUUCUAAUGAUCAGAAACUCAAACUCUCAACAACUUGAAGUUGAAGCUCUUCUCCAACUCAAACAAAACUUAAAUGACCCUCAAAACCAUCUCAUAAACUGGAAAACCUCCCCCUCUCCAUGCCAUUUCUCAGGCAUCACUUGUAACUCCACUUCCGGUCAAGUAACUUCACUUUCACUUCCCAACAUGAAACUCUCUGGUAAGCUCUCACCAUACAUUGCUACUCUUCAAAGCCUCACUGUUCUAAACUUUGGAGAAAACUCCAUUUCUGGUCCUCUUCCUUCUGAGCUAAUGAACUGCAUUAAUCUUCAACUUCUCAAUCUAUCUUCAAAUGGUUUUAAUGGCCACUUACCAGACUUUUCAUCCUUGAAAAACUUGCAAGUUCUUGAUCUUUCAUCCAAUGCAUUUUCUGGUGGUUUUCCUCCAUGGCUUGGCAACCUGACAGCACUUGUUUAUCUUGGGCUUGCUUCCAAUAAGUUUGAUGAAAGUGAGAUUCCAGAAAUUAUUGGGAAGUUGAAGUAUCUGAAAGUGCUUUUCUUGGCACAAUGUAAUCUUGUUGGACAAAUCCCUGUUUCCAUUUUUGAGCUCACUGAACUUGAAACAUUGGAUUUGUCCCAGAACCAACUCACUGGUGACUUCCCUGUAUCCAUUUCCAAUUUGCUUAAUCUUCAUAAGCUUGAGCUUUACCAGAAUAAACUCACUGGAAGUAUCCCUUCUGAGCUUGCUAAUCUCGUCCAAUUGCACGAAUUCGAUGUUUCGCAGAAUCAAAUGAGUGGCAAGCUCCCUGUUGAGCUUGCUAAUCUGAAGAACUUAACUGUUUUUCAGUUAUUCAGAAACAAUUUCUCUGGUGAGCUACCUGCUGGUUUUGGAGAUUUCCAGCAUCUCAUUGGCUUAUCUUUAUACGAAAACAGUUUCUCCGGUGAGCUACCAAAGAAUUUAGGCCGGUUCUCUCCGCUUAUCAGUAUAGAUAUAUCGGAAAACAACUUCUCUGGUAGGUUCCCGCCGUUCUUGUGCGAAAGCAACAAGCUUCAGUAUCUUUUGGCUUUGCAAAACAAUUUCUCCGGUCAAUUCCCGGGUACUUAUUCUACUUGCAAAUCUUUGGUGAGGUUCAGGAUUAGUCAGAAUCAAUUCGAGGGAAUGAUACCAAAUAGUCUUUGGGGGCUUCCUUUUGCUGCUAUAAUCGAUGUCGCUGAUAAUGGCUUCUCCGGUGACAUACAUGCAGACAUAGGAAUUUCGACAAGCCUUAUUCAGUUGUAUGUGAAUAACAACAAGCUCUCAGGUGAGCUUCCGAUGGAGAUUGGAAUGCUUUCUCAGUUGCAGAAGUUAUAUGCUUCUAACAACUCAUUUUCAGGUCGAAUACCCCGUCAAAUCGGGAACCUCAGUAGUUUGAUAUCUUUGCAUUUGGAACAGAAUGAGUUCUCAGGGCCAAUACCAUCAGAGCUUGGAUACUGCACUAAAUUGGCAGAGAUAAACAUAGCAAGGAAUUUACUGAAUGGUGGAAUUCCGGAAACAUUUUCAUUGUUAAAUUCCCUCAAUUCGCUUAAUGUAUCGCGAAACUUUUUAACCGGAACCAUUCCAGAGAGCUUGCAAACAUUGAAGCUUACCUCAAUUGAUUUUUCAGAUAACAAAUUAUCAGGAAUGGUCCCUCCGGGAUUACUGAUGAUUGCUGGAGAAGAGGCAUUUUCCGGGAAUGCAGAACUAUGUUUUUCAGAAACUUCAGGGAGUUGCAAUACUAGUCACAGACACAAGAGCAAGAUGUCGAAAGCUCUAAUGCUUCUAUUGAUCAUGUUAGCAGCCAUGGUGCUAUUCUCAGUGCUAGUGUUCAGGACUUUCAAAAGUUUCAUGUUUGAAACCCGAAGCAAAGAAAAGGAUCAAGAGAAAAUCACAGAGAAAGAUCAAGUAUGGAAGAUGGAGUCAUUUAACACGGAAGAUAUUAAAGCCGAAGAGAUUUUCUUUUUGGAUGAUAAGAAUUUGAUUGGAAGUGGAAGAACAGGUAAAGUCUACAGAUCGGAACUGAAGAACAAAGGGAAUGUUGCAGUGAAGCAGUUAUUUAAUGGAACACAAAUCUCUACGCCAGAACUAGACAUGCUAAAGAAUAUCAAGCACAAAAACAUACUGAAACUCUAUGCUUGUUUGACGAAAGGAGGGUCGAAUUUCCUCGUAUUCGAGUACAUUCCUAGAGGGAAUUUACAUCAAGCUCUACGGCGAAAAACAAAAACUGGCCAACCAGAGCUGGACUGGAGCAUAAGGUAUAAGAUCGCCCUCAGUGCGGCGAAAGCAAUCAUGUAUCUUCACCAUGAUUGUUCACCAGCCAUUCUGCAUAAAAAUAUAAAAUCUAGCAACAUUUUGCUUGAUGACCAAUAUGAAGCAAAGAUUGCAGUGAAGUUGGAAUUGAGUGAUUUUUCCGGCACUAAUUGUUACAUGGCUCCUGAGCUUGCAUAUUCGAUAAAGCCGAGCGAAAAGAGCGAUGUAUACAGUUUCGGUGUCGUCCUGCUCGAGUUGAUCACAGGUUAUAGUCCAGUUGAACCAAAAUUUGGCAAAGGUAAGGACAUUGUAUAUUGGGUUUCAACUCAAAUUAACAGUGAAAAUGUUGCAGAAAUUCUGGACUCUAGUUUGUCAGAAAAUGCAAUUGAGGACAUGAUCAAGGUGUUGAAGGUUGCCAUGUUAUGCACAACCAAAUUGCCGGCGGUUCGGCCUUUGAUGACAGGUGUAGUUAGAAUGCUGAUAGAUGCUGAACCUUGUUGCAUGCUUUGGAAUUAAGAUUUAAGAUUGCAAGUAUUUUGUGGAUUUUUAGAAUUCAGAUAACUUUCUUCAAACGUUGCUAUGUUUUGCUGCUUUAUAUAUAUACAUAUAUAGUUUAAA